AUGACCGCACCCACAACCUCCGCCCGCGUCUUCCUCGUUCGCCACGGCGAGACAGACUGGAUCACCGGCGGCAAAUUUGCCAGUCGAACGGACGUACCACUGUCUAACGUAGGUGAAAAAGACGUCGAGCUAAUCCGCGAACGUCUCGUCGCCGAAAACGAAAUGAUUGAUCCGACGGGAGUAGCCAAAAUGUCAGUCCACCCAUCCCGAUACUGUUCCCCGCGAAUCAACGCCCGGCGUACCGCAGAAAUCCUCAAACUAGGAAUCCACAACCACCUUCAUUUCCUGGACCGGGAGACGGGGCAGAAAUUCAAGACGGAGUCCAUGAUUAAGGGGGAGUCGGCGGAUCCGUAUAUCCAUUUGACCAAGUGGUUGGAGGAAUGGGAUUAUGGCGAUUAUGAGGGGAUGACACUGCAUGGGAUUAAGGAGGCGCGCAUGAAGGAGUUUAGGGAUGCGAAGUGGGAUAUUUGGACGGAGGGGUGUCCGGGUGGAGAGUCCCCCCAGCAAGUCAGCGACCGACUCGACGAACUGAUUGCCGAAAUCAAAUCCGUUAUCGAGGAGAACUCGGCUAGUUGGCCCGGCGGCCAGAUUAUCUCUCAUCGAAGCCAGCAUGCGCAGGAUAUUGUCUGUGUUGCUCAUGGGCAUAUUCUAGCUGCGAUGGCGAUUCGAGAGGGUGUUGCUGAGUUUGGGCGAGUCUGGCUAAUGUCGACUUGUCUCCUUCGGAUCAGAUUUGAGCACGAUAAUAUCAAUCAGCCGGCUAUUGUGGUGGGGAGGAAGCCUGGGCCGUCGGAUCGGAUG